ACUGAUAUGACUACGUGCACCCUCUUGCCCACUUCACCAACUCGUCACUUUUCUCGCUUCUGCUAUGCGUAUUAGUACCAAAGAUCUUCCCGAACCUUACAGACCCUGUGUUACCAAGAGACAAGCUCGACAGGCAACUCCCUUCCAAGAGCUCCCGCCUAUCCUUCGUCCUCGAAUGAAUUUUCCUAUCCCUCCAUGUAUGCAUUUCGGUCUUGUUAUACCACCCGAAGCUCUUCUGGAUGUCGCCAUCAAGGAGAAGGGCUACGAAGUCCCUGACAUUCCAAAGUCGAAGAUUCUACCAGGUUUCCCUGCCUACGAUAUUUUCACCGUCUCCUGCCUUGCGCGAGACUUUAUAGUCGAGCAUUUCAGUCACGACGUGAAGCUCGAUUAUGCCUUUGUCUAUAAUAACGGGGUGCUUGUCCAGAUUGUGUCAGUUUCUAGUACCUGGAGACCGAGUGGGAUGGCGGAGGAGACUGUGAAGAAACUGGCCGAAUAUUUCAAGGUCACAGACCCUCCGAUGUGGUAUCUAGACUCCGAGCGUUGGCGUUGGAGGUUCGAUGUUUAACUUAUUAGACCCAUUUCCCCUUCAAGCCCAGAGUAGUAUUCCUCGCUAUCGUUCCGUUACUCUUACAUGUCCGCUUACCAUGCCAACGUACACAAAUGUCACCUUGAGGUUUCAUUUU